AUGAAAUUAAUCUUGAUUAUUUCAUACCUUUUCCUUCAUUUCCAAUCAAUCGUUUAUGGAUUUCUCUGUAUUUCUGAUGGAUUGUUUGGUAAUCCCGAUGAUAAACAUUCGUUUUAUCAAUGCUCAUUUGGAACUGCAUUUUUAAUGCCAUGUCCAGCAACUUUAGUUUGGAAUCAAGAUAAAUAUGUUUGCGAUUGGGAUAAACCAUCACCACCACUACUUCCAUCAAGUUGUGAUUCAAAUCCAAUAAAAAAUUGUCGAGAAACAAGUCAAUGGACAUCGGAUGGAAUUGCAUUUGUUGGAAAAGAUUCAAAAUGGGGUUCAGAUUCUCAACAUCUUGGAUCACCUUUUGGUUUAUUUAUUGAUGUUGAACAUGGAAAUAAUGUUUAUGUUGCUGAUGUCGAUAAUCAUCGAAUUCAAAAAUUCCUUCGUGGAUCUUUAGAUAAUGGAGGAAUAACGGUUGCUGGAGGAAAUGGUAAAGGAAAUGCUUCAAAUCAAUUAGCAGAACCACGUGCUAUUUAUGUUGAUAAAAAUGAAAAUGUUUACAUUGUUGAUAAUGAUAAUUAUCGAAUUCAAUUAUGGAAAAAAGAUGCAAAAGAAGGAAUAACAAUUGCUGGUGGAAAUGGUAAAGGUAUAGAAUUAAAUCAAAUUGGUGCUUCACAAGGAUUAUUUGUUCAUGAAAAAACCAAUACUUUAUAUAUUUCGGAUUUUUAUAAUGAUCGUGUUGUUAAAUGGGAUUCAAAAACAAAUCAAGGAAUUAUUGUUGCUGGAGGAAAUCGUGGAGGUAAAAAUUCGAAUCAGUUAUCAAUGCCAAGAGGAAUUUUUGUUGAUGAUUGUGAAAAUAUUUAUAUUGCUGAUUUAUUUAAUCAUCGAAUUCAAUUAUGGAAAAAAGAUGCCAAAGAAGGAAUUACUGUUGCAGGAGGAAAUGGAAUGGAAAGAAAUACGAAUCAAUUAAAUAAUCCAUGGGAUGUUAAAGUCGAUCAGUUUAAGAAUAUUUAUAUCGUCGAUACGGAUAAUGCACGAAUUGUUAAAUGGACACAAAAUCAAACAUUUGGACAAAUCAUUGUCGGAGGAAAUGGUUCUGGUAAUAAACCAAAUCAAUUUAGAGCAGCACAUGGUUUAGCUUUAGAUAAAGAAGGAAAUAUUUUUGUUAGUGAAAGACUCAAUGCAAGAAUUCAAAUGUUUCAAAUUGAUCAAAAGACAAAUUCGUGUUGA